CUUUCAAGAUGGCGGACGAACAAGGGAAUGUGGUCAUCAUAUCGAAUGAUACAAUCGCUAUCACUAGGAAGCUCAGCAAGGAAGAGUUGUGGAGAAUUGAGCAUGAAAAGCUACAUGCAAAGCAUAAAGGGCACGAAGCAAUGCACAUGGAAAUGGUGCUGAUAUUAUUUGCUACUCUUAUUGUGGCUCAGAUUGUACUUGUCAAAUGGAAGAAACUUCAUUACAAAUCAUAUCAGACAGUUUCUUUAAUUGGCAUGUGGUUAAUUCCUGUGUACUUCAAUAUCAAGCUUUUCUACUGGAGAAUGAUGAUUGUUUGGGUCCUGUUCUCAUUAGCAACUGGGUUUAUAGUUUACAAGGCUACAAGAACUCCUAUCUCCAAUACAACACCUAGGCUGGUAUACAAGUGGUUUUACACUGUGCACAAGGUGACCUAUUUUCUAGGCGUGGCUGGUUAUUUCGUCAUCAUGUUGACGUUACUGGGAGUUAAUCUAAUGUUUUUAAUCAGACCUGAAGUUUCGAUGGAAUAUGGCAUAGUAAUCAUGUUCUAUGGUCUCUACUAUGGGGUGCUUGGGAGAGACUUUGCUGAAAUCUGCUCAGAAAAAAUAGCUUCAAAAAUAGGGUAUUACAGUAAGUCAGGAUUACCCAACAGAAGCCUAGAAACAAAUAUAUGUGCAGUCUGUGGCCAGCAACUCAUAAUAAGCGACGUAGAUGAAGAUGAAAUGCCUGAGAAAACAUACAAGCUUACCUGUGGGCAUGUCUUUCAUGAAUUCUGUAUCCGUGGAUGGUGUAUAGUUGGCAAGAAACAAACAUGUCCCUACUGCAAGGAAAAGGUGGAUCUGAAGAGAAUGUUCUGCAACCCUUGGGAGCGUCCACAUGUACUGUUUGGUCAACUGCUGGACUGGUUACGAUAUCUGGUAGUAUGGCAGCCAGUUAUCAUAGUUAUAGUACAGUGUAUAAUAUACAUGUUAGGAUUAGAAUAAUUUCCAAUCCAUAAUCAUGAUGAUCAAUUGCAAGAAUGUGCAAACCAAAAUGAAGUCUCCAGGGGAACAAUGAAGAAUCAUUCUUGUGACUCCUCAGAGGGUUUCCCUCAGAGCGUCAUUUCUGUGCAUUCCACUAGGAAUGACUAAAACCUGAUCAUCACUAGCGACAUAAGCAUAGCAUAAGCAAAAGGAUCAAAACGUUCUGUUCUUCUUAUGCUUGUGAUUAUGCUUACUGUACAUCACUGAAUUUCCCAGUAAAGACUUGUACUCUUAUAUUUAUGCUUGUACGUAUAUUCUAGUGAGGACCAGGCUUUUACAAAAUACCAUAAAAUAUAAUAGGAAUUACCAAAAUAUCAAAAUUGGGCUAGCAUUGCAUGCAAAUUUUUUCCAUUACCUGUACUACUAGAUAAAUAAUGUUGAAUAUUCAAAAAUCAAGUAUAGGCUAAGACAAUCACAAAGACCAUUUUACAGCAAAGUUUUGGAUUUUUUGGAAUUAAGCAAUGAAUAAGGGUACAAACAAUGAAAAAAAAGAAUUUUUAAUUCAGAAGUGUUAGAAGUAUAUAUUAUUAUAAUUAUGAUCAUCGUACAAAAUGUAUUUCAGACUUGUGAGUGUCAGCCAAAAUCCACAUAGCUUUAAUGCUAUCCAUAUAUUCAAUUACAGGAAAAAAUUGGGAAAUACCAUUAAAUUAUAAAUUUUUGACCACUAAUAAUUUUAGAAUUUUUUGGGCUACAACCACUGAAGAAUCUUAAAAUGAACAAAUUAACUUAUGGAUACUUUAUGGGAAUGGAACCGAGUUUCUCAAAAUUGAUUUCUUUCAAAACAGACCAAUUGUACAGAUUCCAUCAUAAGAAAGAUAACAUACAAAAUUUUAAGAAGAGUUUUUAAUUUGAUCAAGUUUGAGCAAAUUAAAAUGAGCUAAUAAAUGAUAUCUUAAAAAUAUCUUAAAAUAUAGGGAGUGUAGAGAAUGUAUGGUAAGCAUGAGGUUUUGAAGGGACAGAAAUGAUACUGCUAUGCUACAGCAAUGAUAAGGUCAAACAUCCUGUAGCUUGGUCAGUGAGCUUGGUGUUUGUUGCUCUUAGAUGUGAUGGGGUACACUGUAUACACAAGCUUGGACUAGUCCCUUGCUUAUUUUGAAACCCGAAAAUUCAUUCAUUAUAACGUAUAUCACCAUGUGACUGUAAGCUGCAAAAGGCCUUUUAUUUAAGUGUCCUAGCUAUAAAAUAAAUAAUUAUAUAGGGUUUAUUACAUUGCUAGUUGUUUAUUACAGCCAGAUUUAUAAUUUUAGGAGUGAAAGCAUAUAUAUUAACUCUAAUGAAAUGAAUUCAUUUUAGAAUCAUAUAAUUGUUGGUUUAUGUCAACACCACUUACUAUGAAUAAACACGUGAUGUUCAUACAGAUAUGUGGUAAUAAACUGCGGGAAAUCUCUGGCAAGUAUCAGCUCCUCUAAUAUCUGGGCAGAGAUAGUCAGUUGUUGUUCAUCAGAUGGUGACUUGGCUUGAGUCUUUAUCAGUUGGCCUGUAACCAUUGCUAUUUCGUUCUUCACUAAUGCCCUUGUGAUUUUACGGCCAUCAUUCUCUAAGAUACAUUGAUGACGAACAGCUUGCCAAAUCUGAUAAUACACGAAAAUGAAAAAAUUUGGUGGGUUGAAAAGGUUCAAUCAGUAAAGGACCUAAUACCAACAAGUGUUCUGGGUAAACAGUUAAUGAGGCUAAUAUUACUAAUAGUUCUUCAGCUUUUAAACAAUUUGAUUCCAUGGUUACCAAAUAAAGCAUUUAGUCACUCUUCUA